UUUCUGGGAUGUCAAAAAAAAAAAAGAUCUGAAAGUGUAAUUUGUGAACCUCUAAACUCAGAUUUUAAAGCUGUGCAGAAGCAGAGCUGCAGGCAGCAGGAGUCAUCCCUUCUGACUGGCAGCUGGUGUCUUCAGAACGUCUUAUAGCGACCUUUGAAGAGGAAGUUGCACUUUGAGUGUCGACAGCAAAGCAGACAGACAUCCUGAGGACUGAGAGUUGUUUCAGAGGUGGGAUGACAGCCAGAACAGGUUUCACAGGGCAGAUGCAACACUUGUCAUGGUUGGUGUUGGUAAUGCCAUGCAUCAUGCAGGCUGUGGUGGGCUGUCCUGAUCUCUGCAAAUGCUCAAAAACACCGGGCUCAGAAAAGUCAGAGGUCAACUGUCAUAAGAGGGGGCUUCGUGUCUUCCCCUCCAAUCUGCCUGCUGAUGCUUGGAUCCUCAAACUGGGUGAGAAUGGUAUCACAGGUCUUAACGCCAACAUGUUGAGACCAGUUCCCAAGAUUGAAAGCAUCAACCUGGAACAAAACGCCAUCAAAUCCAUCCAUCCACAAUCUUUUUCUGGUGCAAAGCAGCUGAUGCUUCUUAAUCUUUAUGGCAACCAUAUCACCACUCUUCCUUCAAGGGGAUUUCAGGACCUACUGAACCUUCGUUUUCUGAUGCUGGGGCGGAACCAGAUUGGAACUCUCAAACUUGAGAUGUUUGCAGGCAUGAGGAAUUUGCCAGAACUGGACCUUCCUCUUAAUGCACUGACAAUGCUGCCAUCGAAUGCCUUCAAACCUUUAAUUGCCCUAAAGGUUUUGGACCUUUCCCUUAAUCGCAUCCAGAAAAUCUCUCCUAAGGCCUUUACUGGACUCCGGCAGCUCUUGUUCCUCAACUUAGACAACAACAGCCUGAAAACUGUCCCUGCCAGAGCAUUCCGACCUCUGCGGUCUCUGGAGAUGCUGGUUCUUGACAACAACCUCCUAACUUCACUGAGUCAGAGAGCUUUGGAUGGUCUGAGCAACCUGCAGGAACUCUACCUGAGGAACAACGAGCUGGACCACCUGCCACCUGAUGUGUUCAGCAACAUGCCCAAGCUUUCUCAGCUGGGACUCAGUGGAAAUCACCUGAAGACAGUGGAUGGGAACAUUUUCAGCCCUAUGCCAGAGCUGAAGAAGCUGUACCUUCAUGACAACCCAUGGCAGUGCGACUGUAAGAUCAUCUCUUUCGUCAGAUGGAUGAGACAAACCAGGACCACCUUGUCACCCCGGGAUGCCCUAAAGUGUGUCAAACCACCACACUUAAGGAACAAAAGUCUCGGCAGCCUGCAAGCUGACAAACUCAUCUGUGAGACCUAAUGCAUAGUAAAAAUAACAAAUAAAUACUCAAGAAAAGGACAAUAGCACUAUCUAUAUCAAUUUUGAUAAGAUUUUGGUCAGGAUAUCCUUUAUCUUGUUUACUCGGUAGAUUGUUUACUCUGCUUGUGUUAAAUGUGAAAUAUUUCUGCAGUACAAUUAUAUUUUCUGUAGAAUAUACAUUAUCCCUCAGUCCCCUCAUCACUAUCAUUGUGAAUAAAUCCCUUCAAUCUGG